GCUGAGCGGGGCUGGGAGAAAACAGUGCAUUUAAAACCGCCCAGGGAAGACACCGCAUUUACGAGCGGAGUUUUGUUUUUUUGCUGCCUCCCUCCCUCCUCGCUCCUGUUUGAAUCUCUCCGGUCCAGAAUGAGUCGGUCGAGAGGAAUGCAGCACCGGCUUACCUGAGCAAGUGGACACCUUUUCUUUGAAAGCCCGUCAGAUACUUAUUCCGCUCUGUCUUUUUUUUUUUUACAUUUAAUUUUAAUUGGAUGCCGUGUUGGGCUGCUCCUGCGCUGGCUCUCUGACAGAAACAGGAGCACUGCUGCUGGUGUCUGCCUGAGUUCACCUUUACAAAAAAAAAAAAGGUUAUGUGGGUAGGGAUUUCUCUCGGAUCCAUCUCCGCCCUGUUGUUUACAUGUUGUAAUUGGAUUUUCCAUCAUUUACAACAGCAGCACCAAUAGCACAGGUUUUCUCCCUCCUCCUCCGCCUCCUGCUCAUCUCAUCUUGUUCCUUCUUCCUCCUCCUGUUCGGAGCUGCUCUUUUUUUUUUGCCGGGUGGUGGAGCAGAAGAUGGGACUACCUGCCCUGGAGUUCAGUGACUGCUACCUGGACAGCCCACAGUUCAGGGACAGACUGAAGUCUCACGAACUAGAGCUGGACAAAACCAACAAGUUCAUCAAAGAGCUGAUUAAAGAUGGCAAGGCUCUGAUCCAGGCUUUGAAAAGUUUGUCGACGGCGAAGAGGAAGUUUGCUGACUCUCUCAAUGACUUUAAAUUCCAGUGCAUUGGAGAUGCUGAGACGGAUGAUGAAAUAUGCAUAGCCAAGUCACUUCAGGAGUUUGCAGCAGUUUUACAGAACCUGGAGGAUGAAAGGACACGAAUGAUCGAGAAUGCCAAUGAUGUGUUGAUUUUGCCACUGGAGCGAUUCAGGAAAGAACAGAUCAGUGCAGCCAAGGAAGCCAAGAAAAAGUAUGACAAAGAGACAGAGAAGUAUUGUGCAGUACUGGAAAAGCACCUUAGCCUCUCAGCAAAGAAGAAGGAGUCACAUCUACUUGAGGCGGACAACCAGGUAGAUAACGUAAGGCAGCAUUUCUACGAGGUUUCUUUGGAGUACGUCUUCAAAGUGCAGGAAGUCCAAGAGAGGAAGAUGUUUGACUUUGUGGAGCCUCUGUUGGCAUUUCUUCAAGGACUUUUCACCUACUAUCACCAUGGCUACGAGUUGGCAAAGGACUUUAAUCACUUCAAGACUGAUCUCACCAUCAGCAUACAGAAUACGAGGAACCGUUUUGAGAGCACGCGGUCAGAGGUUGAGAGUUUGAUGAGGAAGAUGAAGGAGAAUCCACACGAACACAAGAGUGUGAGCCAGCACACCAUGGAGGGCUACCUGUUUGUGCAGGAAAAGCGCUCAUUUGUAUCUACAUGGGUGAAGUACUACUGUACGUACUACCGUGAGCCCAAGAAGGUCACCAUGGUCCUGUUUGACCCUAAAUCUGGAGGUAAAAUGGGUGACGAGGAGAGCUUUAUCCUCAAGUCAUGCACUAGAAGGAAGACAGACUCGAUAGAAAAGCGGUUCUGUUUUGAUGUGGAGGCUGUGGACAGGCCAGGAGUCAUCACCAUGCAGGCUCUGUCAGAAGAAGACCGUAGAUUGUGGAUGGAGGCCAUGGAUGGGAGAGAACCGGUGUACAACCUCAAUAAAGAUAACCAGACUGAAGGCAUGGCCCAGCUGGAUGUCAUCGGGUUCAAUGUGAUGAAAAAAUUCAUCUAUGCAGUGGAAACGCGAGGCAUUGAUGAACAGGGCUUGUACAGAAUCGCUGGGGUUAACUCCAAAGUACAGAAACUACUGAGCCUGGCUAUGGAUCCAAAGACAUGUGCUGACGUGGAGCUCGAAAGCCCAGAGUGGGAGAUUAAGACGAUAACAAGCGCUAUCAAGCACUAUCUCAGAAUGCUACCUGCACCUCUCAUGACAUACCAGUACCAGAGGAGCUUUAUCAAAGCUGCCAAGAUGGACAACCCAGAGGCCAGAGUAACGGAGAUCCACGUUCUAGUGCACCGGCUACCAGAGAAGAAUAGACAGAUGCUGGAGAUGCUGAUGAAGCACCUGGCCAGGGUGGCCAGUCACCAUCAACAAAACCUCAUGACCGUUGCCAAUCUGGGUGUAGUCUUCGGACCAACUCUGCUCCGCCCACAGGAGGAGACAGUUGCAGCCAUCAUGGACAUUAAGUUUCAGAACAUUGUCGUGGAGAUCCUCAUAGAGCACCACGAGAGGAUUUUCAGGGACAUGCCGAAUCCUGCUUCAUCCAACACGCAGCUGAACAUGCCCAGGAGGAGAAGCACAGACAGCAAAACCCCGUCCUGCAGCGAGAGGCCGCUCACUCUUUUCCACACCCCGACACAUUCGCAGAAGGGUGAGAAGAGGAACAGUGUUGGCAACACCACAGCCGCUGACCUGCAACAUCCAGUGUCCUCCUCUGCCAACUGUAACAGCAGCAGCAGCAGCAGUAGCAGCAGCAGCCAAGGCCGAACCCCGAGACACAGCCUGACCAGCAACGAUGGAGAGCAGGACAGCCGGCAGAACCGGCCCACCUCACUGCUGAACCCAAAGGGUCGUGGCAGCAUACCAGCAAGUGCAACAUCUUCCAGUCCCACCUCACCACGUUCUCCCUCCUGGCCAAUGUUCUCAGCCCCUUCCAGUCCACAGCGAAUAUCUUCUGCCUCCAGUGACUCCUCCCCUGUUAGUUUCACUGGCAGAAAGGCUCGAGCGCUGUAUGCCUGCAAGGCAGAGCACAACUCUGAGCUGUCCUUCAUCGCUGGGACCAUCUUUGAGAAUGUUCACUCUUCCAGGGAGCCCGGCUGGUUGGAGGGGACUCUUGAUGGCCGAACAGGGCUGAUACCAGAAAACUAUGUGGAGUUUUUAUAGUGUAGGGGCAAUGCUGGACCAAACUGGAUUUGAUUGAACUGUAUUUAACUUCAGAAAACUCAACAGAUUCAAUUACAGACUCAGUCACUUCUGUUGUUCUGGACUGGACCAAAGCUGAUAAGUGACUUUUUGUUUUGACCAGACUGGAAACUGAAACUGGACCAAGCAGAACCAUAUCAAACAGAUAUAACACAGAAGCAAAGAACAGCAAACUGGGGAGAGAACCCUGAAUUGCACUGGGGAAU